AUGCAAUACCAAACGGAGCAUUACCAAGCAGAGUCAUGGGGGUACUACAUGCCGAUGAGGAGCAUGCACACGGCGGAUCCUCUAGAGCGAGUGGCGAGGCUGGCGUCGAAGAGCGCUGUGGUUAUAUUCAGUUUGAGCAGCUGUUGCAUGUGCCACGCCGUGAAGAGGCUCUUCUGCGGAAUGGGGGUGAAUCCGACGGUGUACGAGCUUGAUCAAGACCCGAGAGGAAAGGAGAUUGAGAGGGCUCUCAUGAGGUUGCUCGGAAACUCAUCGGCGGUUCCGGUGGUGUUCAUCGGCGGGAAGUUGAUAGGUGCCAUGGACCGGGUUAUGGCUUCCCAUAUCAAUGGGUCCCUGGUGCCACUUCUCAAGGAGGCUGGGGCACUUUGGCUCUGA